AGUAGUUGUAAUUGUUUACAUCUCAGUCAGCUGACUUUCAUUCACUUCUUCACACUGAAGCUGAGAUGUCUCACUACUUGUCUAAAUAAUACGUGAACGUUAAUAACAAAUCACAGUCAAUUCACUGACAGUUAGCUUAGCAUCUUGGAGCAUUUAGCCGGUGAAUUAGCAGUUAGCAGCUGGUUUAGCUCUGCAGGAAGGAAAACUUUGCUUUAGCUGCUGACACCGACAGAUCCGCUGAGGUUGAACAACAUGGACAAGAUUGCUAAAGAUGUCGGUGAUAUCCAGUCCCGUCUGUUACACCACAGACCCAUCGUCAACGCAGAGAUCCGCUACUUCGUCAGAGAGUUUGAGGAGAAACGUGGACACAGGGAGAGCAGACUGCUGGAGAGUCUCAAUAAAAUGGUGGUGGAAGCAAAUGAACAAAUGCAGCCCACGAAUUUAGAGGCUGUGAACCAGGAUCUGAUGUCCAACCUCACCAAACGUUUGGAGGCUGCUAAACAUAUGGCAGACAGAGUCCAGCAGAGGGAGCUAGAGGCCCAGCAGAGCAACCAAAUGCAGCUGAACAUGGAGCGUCUGAAAGAGGAAUGGGCCGACUUCCUGAAGGAGCAGCAGAGACUGAAGGAGGAGGUGGACGAGGAGCACGCCAAGGCUGUGGGACAACUCAGCACCCGCUACAGUGAAAAAAAGAUGGAUCUAGCGAAGUUUUCACCCCUCUAACCAGAUGAUGUCUGCGAGGGGCUCGAGUCAACACGCUCUCCCUUAUUAUACGAACUUUAUCACUGACCUGGGCACGUCUGCUCUGCGUGUGCACAACGAAGGUAUCGGCUGUGAUUGAUGUACUUAAGAAAAAGAGCCUCAGAGGUUUUGCUCCUGCACAAGAGUCAGCAUUUCCCAUAUCAUAAAUAAAUGUAUGAUUAACAAUGUGGCAAUUUCACAGGCCAUCAAACUCGUCUGUUUAUACCACAUGGAGCUCGCGUGGCACGCAAGUGCUGCAAAAGACCUCUGCAAUAUGUCAUUUUUAAACAAGCAAUCGUCGAAGGCCGUGACACUCUCUGCAUUUCAGGAUGUUUAAUGGAUGCCUGCCUGAAGGGUGCUGAUGAUAAAUAUGCAUCCACCUCCAGUUGAAAAGGAUCCCAGCUACAAGUGCUGGAGAAACGAGCUCAAACAGAACUGCGGGACAAAUCAUCCCUCACCGGCUCCGCCGUGUUUAGAACGCUCAACGCCUGACGUUAACUUCAAGUCGCUUACGUUAUAAAAGGUCUCCACUGAAACCAGUUUGAAUGAUCAGCAGCAGCUGCUUUUGGUUUGCUUUGCCACCUCAAAGCUGAUUUUAAUGAGUCACAAAUCCAAUGUUUGCAUUGCUGGUUAAACAGAAAAAAACAUCAAUCAUAUUCUGGUUUCAAUUUCCUGCUGGUCAUGUAUGCAUAAAACAAUAUCCUCAA